UAGGCCUACAACAACAACUGCCAGCACUGAUAGGGUAACGCCUCGAUCACACCGAUGAAACUUAUAGCAUAACAGCAUUAUCUGGAUAUGUGUGUAACAAAAGUUCAACAUUCACCUUCCGCUACCAUUUCCGUCAAGCCAUACACAUACAGUUUGACUCAUACGUUCGAUAAAUCCAACGCAUGCACCACACAGAAUGGUGCAAGGCAAACACAGCGUUCCACUGGAAAUUAAUGUACUUCUGGUGUACCAAAAUGCCAGAGCUGUCGGUGUGAUCGAGGCAUAAUGCAUCAGAAAGCGAAAGUGAAAAUAGCCUUCUGUAGUCUAAACGUUUUGUAACUUUAGAAGGGAAGACAACAUUCAUACAAAGAUAUCCUACACCUCCCGAGCUAGAACAUCAACCUUGUGAGCUAGAAUGGCAUCUGGUCCGGAAUCGGGGUCUUCUUCUGUCCAUUCCACCAACAUCUCAUUCCAGAAUGGGGCCAGUGUCAACGCUCCCAUAAUGACUGUCCCUUCGCCUGCAGCAUCCCAGCACACCAGCCCCUCAUCAGGCCAUGAUUUCCUGAAGAAACACAAGACAGUUCUGGAGACCAGGAUGGGCAACCUUCGUCCCAUCCUUAGCGCACUCGUGCACCUUGGGGUUCUGAGUGGGGAGGAUAGAGAGGAGGUGGACAUCAAAACCACACCGACCAAGAAGAACGAAGCUCUGCUGACAAUGAUAAUUAAGAAAGGGCAAACUGCGCAGGAACAGUUUUACCAGGCCCUGAAAAAAGCAGACCAUCUCCUGGUGGAAGACCUGGAGGGAUAGACUACCUCCUAAUACACUGCCAUAUCCAUAAUUGCCAAUUCCAUUCCGUUAUGAAAUAAGACCAAAUGUUUAGGAAUAAGUCAUGCGAAUUAGGAUAGUUUAUUUAAAUGUCAAUAUAAUAUGAAUAAGAAAUUAAAUGCCAAUGACAUUGUCUUAUCUGUCAUUCCAUGAAUCAAUAAACAUGUUCUUGUGUCUAGGGCUGAGGUGGCCCUAGCUGCACUGCAGAUA